GUUUUAGAUUUUAUUAUCUAUUGCACUUCCGCCCAAAUUGUCGCGCCCAUUAUGGCAUAAUAAUUUUUUAUAUAUUUCGUUUUCAUAUCUAUAGAUACUGUUGUCAGGCUCUUAGACGGAAGCAUAUUUUAGUUCACCAGAUGGCUGAAAAUCUUCCAAAGGAUGUCUUGCCUCAGACAAGUCCUAAAGGAGAAGAAAAUGUAGUUGUGGUACUGCUACCUUCAGAUUCUGAAGCUGUGGAGAGCGUCCCUCUUGAAAGUCAGUUAAAUCCUGAAAAUUUAUCAUCUGAUAUCGUGACAUCAGAACAACUUCCCACAGAGGGUGACUCAUUGGAAAAUCCCACUGGUGUGGCCACCUCAGGCAUCUCACUGGACACUCCAUUGUUACAGUGGACACCACAACAAACCAUGUAUACCAGCGCAGAGGCCAUUCAGCAGGAUAUUCAGAUACUGCUUGGGAAGCUGAGAGAAUAUGGACAAGAGAGUUUGUUAAUCACGGCUAAUAAGGAAUCCAUUCAAAUGGAUGGGUCAUCAGAAGGAAAAGAAUUCCUCAAGGAUAAUGAAGGUGUUGCCAGAUCAUUUCACCAGCAGUGCUUUGGCAGUGAUGGAAAAUUGUUGAACACAGAUGAAGGUCUGAGUGAUGGUAGUGAGUUGCCUUUGAAGGAAGCAGAAGAUGGAGAAACCAGCACCACUGAAGUGAAUACAAUCAACAGGAGGCCCACAGCUUCAGAGGGACCCGUUUUGAUGAAAAUAGUUCAUGAAUCAACAGGCAUAAAUGUUGAGGAGUCCGGAAACCUCCCAGCACCUAGAAAACGAGGGAGGCCACCUAAAUAUAAGACUGCAGUGCAAAAUACUGACCAGAAGAAGACAGUGAAAGAAACGGAGGACAAAGAAGAGAAGUUUCAGAAAGCUCCAGUGACGGUCAGGAAAAGAGGACGACCCCCAAAGAAUCGUAGCACAGCAGAGGCAAUUCCAACAGAGAGCAUGGCAUCUAAGGAGAGUGAAAAAGAAGUACAGGAAGCUGAAAAUGACACGCCUCACAAUCUACCAUACACUGGGAAAAAAAGGGGAAGGAAACCAAAGGAAACAGUGAUGCUAUUUAAUGUUACAGUGAUACAUAUAGAGGAGGACACAGACAGCAGCUCGGGAGGAAUAAGGAGGAGCAGUCGCCCAGCGAAGAGGAAAGUUAUAGAAUCUAUUGGGUAUACACCACCUAAAGUUAAGAUUAGAAAGUCAGGCAUUGGAAUGGAGGAUUUAAAAAUAAAAAAAAUUGAUAUACUUCCUAAAAAAGACAUAAGCAAAGCCUUAUCAACCAAAACAGCGGAAAUGCAGAUUGUAGAUGAUAGAGAUAAUGAUGUAGGCAUGAUGUCUGAUGAUAGUGCAGGGGAUCCUGAUAUGGAAGAUGAGUGCAACAAAGAUGCACAGAAAGCCAACAAACUAGUUUGUAGCAAUUGUGGAUUUUCAGCAGAAUCUCAAGAAGUUAUGGAGAACCACAUCCGAGUUGAACAUCCAAAAAUGUGGGCUCAGAUAUUGUUAGAUGACACCAAAAUCUUACUGGCUCUUGGAAAAAAUUCACUUAAUGUUCAGAAGUCAAAGUUAACUGCUCAUCCUUUAAAAAAGGAACCUCCAAAGGAACAAAAUGCUCAAACAGCUACGAAAGCCACCACCACGGAAACUAUUGAGAAAAAGAAAAAAAUACCAGUGGAACAUAGAUCUUCUGGUCAUUAUAGCUGCUCUAUCUGCCACAAAAAAUAUAAGGUGAUUAGUCUACUAAAUGCUCACAUGGGGCUGAUUCAUAAAGAUAGACGGUUUGGACAGAUGAGGAGGAAGAAAGAACUUUUGAAAUAUAAACAAAGAUUGAUAGCAAUGAGAAAUAAAAAGAAGGGACAGACCGUAGAAGAAAAGAGUGAUGUAGGUGACACAGUUAAGGAAGAGGAUCAACAAGAAAACAUUACAGAUCCUGAAGGCAAGGAUGUGAAAACUGAUGCCAAGGUGAAGAUGGAAGAAGUGAAAGUCGAAGAAACUAGAAGGUUCAGGAGAUCCUCGCGCAGGAAGUCCAAAAAACUGGAUGAUUAUGAAACUGAUUUACCAGAUCUUUACAGAUCAGAUGAGGAAGAAUUGGACACUAAAACUAAUUAUGAUGAACCUCAUGCAUGUCCUCUCUGUUUAAAAAAUUGUUAUAGUGAAAGUGGAUUAAAUGAACAUUUGAAGAGAAGUAAACAUGACAAAGUCACAGUGACUCCUUUCCCUUGUCUGACAUGCAAUCGCUUCUUUCUCACCAUGAAAGCACUGGAACUUCACAUGACACAAUCUGGCCACAUAGGAGAAGAGAUGGGAAGUCUUGAUGGAGAAAUUAAGGUGAAUAGGCAAACAUCUGUGUCUAAGAGGGGCAUGUUGCUGUUUGUGUGCUCUCUCUGUAAGCGAGAGUUUGUUAGAAAAGAAAACUGUGAAAGUCAUUGUGCGAUGAAGGUUUGCAAAAAGCCGUGGAAGAAAUCUUGUCCAAUUAUUUCUUGCAAGAAACUGUUUUUUGAGAACAAUAUGUUUUUUCAUCAUAUGACUUCAGAACACAAGGAAGAGUUCCCAUUUGUGUGCCCAGUGGAAGGAUGUAAGCGGUUGUUUUUCCACACAGCAGCACUGAACUCUCAUGUCUCAGCACACAGCUCAGAAAAGGAUGGGCAUGUCCCACCACCGAGACCAAUAGAAGAUGGCAGAAAGAGAUGUGGCUACUGUGGUAUGCUGUUUGCGUACAAUGAAAACCUCCGACAGCAUGUGAAGAUCAUCCAUGAUAAUGAUUUAUUUGGACAGUACAAGGAUAUUGUGGAGCAUAACCAAGCUACUGAACCAAUCUCAUCAAGCAAAAAGUUUCUUAAGGUGGAGUCACAAGGGGAAGAUAAAGCAGAGGAGAUAAAUGACCUGGAUAAAAUUGAUACCUUCAAGAAGAUGGACAAGCGGCAAGUUACAAUACGCAACCAUGUGAAGGGGAACGAGUUCAAAUGUUACACCUGCAAUGAAGUCUUUAGUCAUAUUGAUGAUGUUGGCGACCAUAUGGUAGACAGUGGUCAUUGUGGACUUCCGUUAGAUGCUCUCAAUGGAGAGAGAAAUAUCAAAAUCAGAAUUCGAAAUACAGGUGAACAAUGCUAUGUAUGCACUUUAUGCAAAAUGGAAUUUAAAAAGAAAGAUGGAUGUGAAAAGCAUAUUGAAGCUUCAACCUGCAAAAAAAAGUAUAAGAGGUUGUGUCCAAUCAUGAAAUGUAGAAUUUUGUUCAGGAACUUUAAUUACUUCAAAGCACAUAUGACAACAAUGCACGAAGAUGAAUUUCCAUUCAAGUGUGAGGAAUGUGGUAAAGAAUUUGAACAGACCUCUGCCCUGAAUUCACACAGGAACUCUCAUUACAAAGACACACACCACAUCCAGGCAGAUGUAUUGAACUCUGACACACCAUUGACUUGUCACAUCUGUAAGGAGAGGUUCAGAAACAACAUAGAACUGCGAGCACACAAAGAAUCUGUGCAUGAAAUCCAGAGAAAAUUCAUGUGUGAUAUAUGUGGAAAGAAAUACAAAAGAAAAGAAAAUCUGAAAGAUCAUAUAUACAUGGUACAUGAACGAGACCCAGAGAAGGACUUUGUAACUUGCCCAACCUGUGGAAAAGCUCUUGCUAGCCAGAGGUCUUUGAGAUUCCAUAUGAGGUUUGCACAUACAGAUGCCAAACCCUGUGUUUGUGAGAUUUGUGGAUACAGUACAAAACAGUUAGGAAACCUUGCUUUUCACAUGAGGAACACACACAGUGAGACGAGACCCUACGAAUGCGAGUGGCCUGAUUGUGGAAAGACAUUUAAAGACAGACAACUCUGGCAGAGACAUGUCCAAAGACAUGAACUAACUGUGGGCAACCUUGAAAAAGCCAGAACAUAUGGACCAGUGUUCACAUGCAAAAUUUGUCAGAAAGGAUUCUGUGGCAAAUACAAUCUGGAGAAGCACAUGUUGUGUCACACAUCAGAAUGCCCAUUAUCAUGUACUUUGUGUGGGAAAGGCAUGAAGAGAAUGAGCAGUCUGCGAAGACAUAUGAGGAAUGUUCACCACUUUGAUCCCAAGACAAAUACAUCAAUGGUGACCAGAACCAUUGUCAGAAAGCCGAAACCGUUAAUGAAAAAAGAAGCAGUUCAGAUUAAUCUUGGUUUGGCAACAGCGACUCAAGAAGAACAGGAGUCCAUUGAAGCAGACUUCAAAGAGCUUUCACAAAUGGAAUACCAAUUCACCACAGAAGCUCAACAGAAACUACAACAGAUUCUGACCCCCUCCAUUGGAGACAUUCCAGUGACAACUAUAGUGGCCGGCGAAUUACCAGAGAAAACAAGGGACUAUUUGUCAGAGGCACAGAGUCAAGUCAGCCUCUUGGAAUCUACAACCAAUCCAGCAGAGAGUGUAAUAGAGGAAGCAGUGGAUGAGUCUCAGAUUAUCAUUGAGAAUGCAGGGGAUCAGUACAUAAUCAUGAACCCUGAUGGUAAUAUUUCUAAUCUAGAGCAGCUUGGUAGAGAUAUUAUUCUAGCUGUGAAAAAUGAAGAUGGAACAGUUUGUUUUCAAAUGGUUGGGAAAUAAUCACAUUGAAAAUAGAUAGAUGGCAAGUACUCGCAAUUUAAAAAUUAGAUGGGUUUUAUUUUUAACAUUUGAAGGUGAUAACAUUUUCUGCAUCUAAAAUUCUCAGAGUUCUAAGAAUAUAUGUGGUAAUACAUGUAUAUUGUUUACAAACUUUUUUUUUUUUUUUAUAGUCUUGAUUGAUUUGCAAUGUAUUGAUAAAUUCAAUGUUUGGGUUACUGUAUUAUAUAGCAUCAUAAUAUAACUUAUGAAAUAUUGAUAACAAGU